AUGGAGCAAUCACAAGGUAUGUGGGGGAAAUCAGUUAUACUGGAAGGGUCUACCUGGAUCAGCAGGAUCUUGGAGAGCUCUGCACUGAUGACUUGCUCCAGCAGAAGUCCUCACAUAUAUGAAAUACAAGGAGGGGGAUGGAGCAAGACAUUAAACCCUCCUGUGGUUUAAGGUAUUUAUGCAUAUAUAUUUUUGCGGUGUAAGUUACUUGGCAAUCCUUUGGGUGAUAAGUAACUAAUCAAUUUAAUCACAAAUAAAUAAAAAUACAUGUUUUGCUCCCCUCACUUUUGACUCUUGCCUUGUCCCCACUGGCAUGUGACCCUCAGAAGGGAAUGCAGCCCUUAGGCUCAAAAAGAAGAAGAAGGUGGCCCCCUUGUUUUAGUGCUUGAGCUUUGCUUAUAUAGGCUGGCCAUAGCAUUUUUGGAUGGGGGCCAGCAGGAGUUGCCCUGUACUUUGUUGUAGGGAGAUUCCUUGGAAGGGGAUGGACUCUCCUUUGUUGGAGGUUUUCAGACAGGAGCUGAGUGACAAUAUGUCAGGGAUUCUUUAGCUGCGAUUCCUGCAUUGCAGGGGGUGGACUAGAUGACCCUUGGAACAAACUCUAUCGUUCUAUGAAUUCUAUGAGUCUAUGAUCAGUGGCGGAGCUUCAUGCUCCAGCACCGGGGGGUGGAGAGCAGGCGGGGGUGGGGGUGGCGCGCUGCCUGCGGGGGCAUGGUGCCAAGCGUGGGGGGGCAGCCAUGACAGCACCCCACCGGGAUCAUGCUGCCGGGGGCGGUCCACUCCCCCUGCACUCCUCUUCCUCUGCUAGUGUCUAUGAUUGUGUCAAGUGAACUGGGGGGGGGGGGGGAGAAAUUGAGUGCUAAAUAGUUUAACAUUUAUCCAACCAUCCUGGUCUGCCAGUCCAUAAUAUCUGAUCUCCCCCCCCCCCCAAUUUCCCUUGGAUGUAAAUAAUUAAAGGUUUCACUUACACUUAAUGUGUUUUUCUGGUUUGUAGCUUUGUUAGACUUCAUGACCAGAGUUUGCUGACUGGGGAAAAAGGAGAUAGUGUACAUAUUCUGUAUAUACUGUUCUGUUGGAGAACUGCAUUGCAAAAUUCAGAGAACUGUGACUUUGAAGGCUACUUGUGUUGCAUUAUGCAUAUUGUUUCAGAAAGUGUGAUUUACACAGGUUUGCAUUAAAAUGUGAACCAAACUUGAUUUAUUUCUCCUUCCUUGGUUGCAUUUCUGAUUUUGAGGUAGAAACUGUCAGGGCAAGAGACUUGCCAAGUCAAUUAUAAUAGCCCACCAAGGGCCGAACUUCUGGGAAUGUAUCUGGAGGUUGGCCCUUUCCUGUUUGACUUCACCCCAGUCUUUGAUGACUGACUCUUUCUUAAGGAUUGCCAAGUCCAUGAAAUAUGCCCCUCUGUUCUUUGCUGGGUAGGCAAACACUUGUUUUCUUGCAGCCAUAAAAGCCUGUAAAAGGUUUCUAUGCCUGGACUUCUCUGCCUGGGUACAUGGAACUGACAAGCUUUAAUUAGCUGGUGAUGGCCAGUAAAAGGACUAAUAAUGUUGAGCGAGGAUUUGAGCUGCGGGAACUCUUCCGUCUCCCUCCCCCUGCCCCCAAUCCUAGCAUCUCUUCGUAAUUAGGUUUUAAUUUAAAGGAAGCAAAAGGGAAAGAAAGCCAUUCCAGCAUAUCGACAAUGUGUUGCUUGACAUUGCACAAAGAGACACUGUGGGAGGUGUGUUGAAAUAAAUAACAAGGCAGGCUCAAUUUGCAUAUAAUUUCAGCUGAGGAUUGUUUCUCUGUUACUGUGGGGCUUGAAAGUGAGCGAGAGAGUAAGAGAAGUGCUGCAAGAACAUUGGAAAAAUGGAAACAUAAAACACUGCCUUAUAUACCGAGUCAGUCCAUUAGUACAUCCAGCUCACUGUCAUCUACUCUGACUGGCAGUGACUCUUCAGAGUUCCAGGCAUUCCCAGCUCUAGCUGGGGAGAUGUCAGGGACUGAAUAGGAGUCUUUCUGCAUGCAAGGUGGAUGAUCUACAUACCACGAGCUAUGGCUCAUCUAGAAAGGUACAUAGAAAGUUGCCUUAUACUGAGCCAUCAAGCUCAGUCUUGCUUGCACUGAGUACCAAUGGUUUUUUUCAGGGAUUCAGACAGGGGACUCCCCAGCUUCAUAGAUGCUAGGGACUGAACCCAGGACCUUUUGCAUGCCAAGCAGGUGUUCUAUCACUGAACUACACUCCUUCAAACCAUUUUUGUUAUCAGCUACAUCAGAAAGCUGCAUCUGUUCAAAAGUGCAUAUGACUGAGUUGGGGUAGGGGACACCACUUUGCAGUGGCUCUCGUCCUACUUAGAUGGAUGUUUCAAGAGGGUGAUUCUUGAGGAUUGCCCAUCAGCCUUGUGGAGCCUUCAGCAUGGGGUUCCGCGGGGUUCAUUUGGAUUCCCUAUGCUGUUUAACAUCUACUUGUUGUCAGCAAUAUUCUGAUGACACGCAGCUUAACUUCUCCUUUACAUCCCCAGGUGAGGCAGUGGAAAUGCUGGACUAGUGUCUUGCCUCCGUCAUGGACUGGAUGAGAGCCAACAAAGUGAAGCUCAUUCCCCAUAAGACAGAAGCACUGUUAGGAAGAGGUUCUCUAGACUGGAUGGCUGGGUGGUUGCCUGCUCUUGAUGGGGUUACACUUUCUCUGAAGGAGCCUGUAUAUAGCUCAGGGGUCCUUCUGGAUCCUUUGCUGUCACUUGAGGCUCAGGUGCCUUCUAUCAGCUUUGCCUGGUGGCCUAGCUGUGCCCCUAUCUGGUCAGGGGUAGUCUAACUUCAGUUGCCUAUGCUCUGGUAACCCCUAGGUUAGAUUGCUGCAACAUGUUCUGAAGACUGUUCAGAAACUUCAGCUGAUGCAGAAUUCAGCUGCCAUGCAAGGCAUGACAAUUUGAGCAUAUUACACCAAUCCUGACCUGACUGUACUGGUUGCCAAUUAGUUUCUAGGCCCAGUUCAAAGCGCUGGUUUUGACCCAUAAAGCCUUAAAUGGCUCAGGACUGAAAUAUCUCAAGGAUCACCUCUGCCCAUAUGAACUGACCUGGACCCUGAGAUCAUCAUGUGAUGCCCUUCUUUGUGUGCCUUCUCCAUGAGAGGACCAGAGGGAAUGUAGCCAGAUCUGUUGCUUCUGACCCGUCCCACUACUGUCAUGUGGUCCCCUGAAACUUGUCUAUGAAGGAUUUCAGUCUUCAGGCUGAAAAAAGGCUCACUGGCACUGAUCUAAGCUGGGGGGAGGGGGGUUGAUGUUCCAGUUGUUGCUGGACUCCAAGUUCCAUUAGUGCAAAGCAGCAUUAUGGCUGAUUUUAAGGAUGAUCAGUGUUGUAACAUCUGUGGGUUGAGAAACUUGUGCAGAAACCUUUUGAAGCCUCCCAUGUGCCAAUUUUUUGGCUGUUUCCAGUAGUCUUUACUCACACACCAGUAAAAAGCUGCCAUGGAAGGGAGGGAGGAUAAUUGCAUCUUUAAGAAGGCAUUUGGGGGUGUCCUAUUAUGACAUUGCAAUGUUAUUAUAAGGUGGUCUUAUUUCUUUAAUGUGCAGUAAAUGGUUUCCUGAUGUAGUCGGUCAUUGAAGCUGGGUUCUACGUGCGUGCGUUAUCUAUUGCCUGUAUUCCAUAAUGGUUUAGAAUCCUGUUGUUGCCGCUGGUGGUUUUUUAAAAUAAUAAACUGGAACUUGUGUUUGUAAAAUAACAUUUUAAUUGUGAACUAUAUUAAGAAGCUCCUGAUAAAGCAAGGAAGAUAAUGAAAUAAGAUGAAACUACCCUGCAUUACAUUCAGCCAUUUUCUGUUGCUCCCCCCUUCCAGCCAUUAAUAAAAUUCAGGCUCUUUAUUUUCUGAAAUUUCCAUACAUCAAGGGUGAGGAACUCAUGGCCCUCCAGAUGUUGGUAGACUAUAACUUCUACCAUUCAUUCUGGCUGGUCAUUCUGGCUGGGGCAGAUGGGAGUUGUAGUCCAAUGUGAGCCAACCCUGAUCUUUACAAAGAUGAUCUUUGGGGUCCAUUCCAACUCUACAAUUCUAUGAUUCUAUCGAGUGGGUUGUGAUGUAAGAAUGUAAGAAGAGAUUGUUGCAUCAAUCCCAUCUAGUUCAGCAUCCUGUUCUCAAAAUGGCCAACCAGAUGCUUGUAGGAAUCCCACAAGCAGAACCCAAGUGCAGUAACACUGUUUCCACCUGAGAUUCCCAGAAACUGGCAUUUGGAGGCAUACUGCCUGCAGGGGCGAAGGAAGGCUAACUGGCACCUGGGGCGGGGUGUUGGGGGUGGGGCAAACCGUCUGGCGGCACAUGCGCAGCGCUGCUACGUACAGCACAUGACGACGCUGCUACGUACGGCGCACGUGCCACCGGGCGGUUUGCUGACUGUGCCACUCACAGCUGCAGCAGCAGCAAGCAUCCUCCGCACAUGGUGGUGCAAUGGCAAUGGGGCAAGCCCCGCGGGGUGCCUUGUCAUUCCCCUCAAAGAUGGCACCUGGAGCAGCACGCCCCCCCAUCCCAUUCCUCCGCCACUGACUGCCUGUGACAGACAGUGCAAGUAGAACAUAGCCACCUUGUCUAGUGGGUAUUGAUAGCCUUAUCCUGUCUAAUCUUCUUUUAAAGCCAUCUGAGUUGAUGGCCCUCGGCAUCUUGUGGGGGACAAGUUCCAUAGUUUAACUAUGUGCUAUGUAAAUGACUGCUUUCCUUUGUCCUGAAUCAAGUGACAAUCAUACAGUGGGCAACACCUGUUGGAUGUUUUGUAAGAGAUGGAGGGGGGGGAGAGAAACAAAAAGUAAUAAAAGUUAGUCUCAUGUUAUAUUUUGGGGUUAAAGGUGGGCCCUAGGUCUGAAAAGGCUGAAGACUACAGGCUUAAUCUAGCCAUCUUAUUGGAGAUUUCCAAAUAGUUAUUUUAUCCACUUCUGCAUUGUAGAGACACAUUGAUCUCUCCUGUCUCUCAGUAGCUGCCCUUUCUAGCUGGUAGUAUUUGGGCAGCUGUCGAAGAUCAGGAGCUGGACACCAAGAGCUGAGAAGGUGAAGCUCAGAAGUCAAAGCUGGCCACAGACCUGGAAUAAACGAUGGCAAAAUGAAGAGGGGUUAGCUGGGAAUUUUGCCCCAGGGAGAAGCCUCCAGAGGGUGCCACUGAAGCUCUUAGCCUCCCAGGCAAUCUGCAAUGAGCCUGGGCUGCCUGUCCCCCCUCCAUCACUCUAAAGCACUUUCACUUGGGGCUUUUCUGACUCCCUCCUGUGACUCUGUGCUACUUGGCUGCAGGCGGCUGGCUCUCUCCGUCCCUCCAGGGCUCCUUGGCUGGGGCAGCUAUCCCCCCCCCCAUGUGGCUGCUCUGAUCUGUAAGUGUGCUGCUUCUCCCAGGGUGGAGUUGGGGUGGCAGAGAGAAUAAGGAAAUUAGAUGCAGAGAACUGGGAUUGGAAAGCAAGGGAGGUCUUUAUUUUCUGUUGCAACAGAAUUCCCUCCCCUUGUAAGGAGGACCCAGAACGAACAUGUAACAACUGUUAAAGUCUAUACAUGCAGUAUAUACAUGUAUAUACAGUAUAUAAAGUAUAUACAGUAUAUAAAGUAUAUACAUGCAGAAACCCUCCAACCAAUGUCUAAAAAAUAACUACUAAUUUACCAAUCACCCUAGAUAGGUAACAGAACCUUAGGAAAAUAUUAGGAUUGCAAUGGAAGGACACUUUCUACUAGGAAUUAGACUCUCAAAAAGCAUUUCUUCACCUUACAUGGAACCUAAAAUUACUCCAAAUGUAGAAUUGUAGAGUUGGAAGGGACCCAACUGUUAUGUACUGAGGUUCUCACUCUGGGCCCGCAGGGGGAUACUGUACAUAGUUUUCACUCGGGUCCACAUAUGCAAAUAAGGGAUUGAAAGUGAUGUUCAGUGAUUGGAUAGUUACAGAAAGUGGUUACUGUUGCGUUGUAGUGGAGCUCUAUAUAAGCAGGCUGGCUGAACCCUUCAGUUCAGUUCUGUUCUGGCCUGUGAAUAAACAAGAGCUGUUUGAAGAAUUGCUGUGUCGUCUGAUAUGUUCACCCACAACUUAACACUGGUGACGAGGAUGCGAUUGAUGGACAUCAGAGCACAGCCAGAUGUGGCCACCCUCUGAACUGAGCUGAAUCACUCAGCUGAAACACCGAGCGAAAUCACUGAACAGAACCAAUUCAGAGCUGACCGUUCCAUCCAUCACCCUCCACGCCGGGAUCGGAACCAUGGCUUCACUUGUGCCUCUACCGCCGUUUGUGGGAUGUGAAACACAAGAGCAGUCACGUACAACAUUCCUAGAGUGAACAUGUUUAGACAUGCAGAGGGAUGUUUGUCCAGCCACCAGGUAAACUUCCUGUUUCCCUCUGUGCUGGGACAGACUUCCUCUACAUGUGACUAGAGGUGGGUGUGGCCUCACCUGUGCAGGUAAUGAUAAAAGCACAGGGCAGGGCAGCCAUCUCUCUCUUCCAUCUCUUCCAUCUCUCUUAGACCACAUGCAUCGAAGAAGCAACAUCUACUGAGUGAAGAUGCCCUCUUGGCUCCCAGCCAAGAGAGGACAAAGGGACUGUCUUCUUGAGAGAUAGAUUCCAAGUGUAUGUUAUUUCACUAAGUCUAAGUCUGCCUUCUGGUAUCUGAUUGUGAACAGAAUGUGAGUAAACUCUUUUUAUACUUUUGUAAGAGACUGUGUUGUCUACUUUAUUUUAUGAGGGAAUAAGGGGAAAUUACCAGUAUAGUUAUUAUAGAGGCUUUAGCGAGCCUGAGCAAACGCUGCCGUUGCAAACUUAAAAUAAAGGGGAAUGUUUUACUCUGCUGAUAUUGGGAACUUGUUAACACAAGUUGGAUAAGGAUAUAAUCAGACAAUAUAUCCUCUCCUGCAUCCCUGAACAUUCCCACACCGUUUGCCCCAGCCUCUGAAUCAUGGGACUCCUACCUCGCUCGGUUCGACUGCUACCUCCAAGCCAACGAGCUGACAGAAGUAUCACAGGAGCAUAAGCGGGGCCUAUUCCUCAGCCUCUGUGGGCCUGAGGUGUUCAAGACGGCCCGAGCAUUGGUUGCACCUCUAGCAGUCCAGGCAGCGCCGUGGGACACGAUUCAAGAGAAGCUCCACAACCACUACGCGCCAAAGCCAUCCAAGAUUGCUGCCCGCCAUGCGUUCUACCACCAGAACCAGGCAGAGGGGGAGUCAAUUAACAACUACACCGCCGCCCUCCGACAGGCUGCAAUGCACUGCGAGUUCCGAGACUUAGACGAUGCCCUGAUGGAUCAAAUCGUCUGCGGGGUCCGGGACAUCCGUCUGCAAUGGUGUCUCCUUGCCAAGCCAGACCUCACGCUGCGGAAAGCCAUUGAGGAGGCCGUGGCCUUGGAAGCUGCUGAAGCAAGCCCGCGUCUUGCUAGGAAGCCAGUUCCAGUGCACCACGAAGAGGCCAGCAGUGAUGAGGCAUGCUCCAGUGAAAAUGAUGACGUGCACCAGACAAAGCGGGAGCGCAGGAAGUCCAAGGGCCGAUUGGAAUGUGCUGGCUGUGGAGGCAACCAUUCCUGUGCCAAGUGUCGAUUCAGAGACGCCAUCUGUCAGAAAUGUUCCAGAAGGGGCCACAUCGCUAAGGUCUGCCGAUCGGCUCCGUCCAACACCCCCUCUUCACCGACUUGCAAGUCCAAGUCUUCAGUCUGCCAAGGAAAGCUGUUUACUCUCACCAAUUGCCACUGCACUGCACUUUGGGUCAAUAUACAGGUAUGCCCAUCUCCUUUAGCCUUGAUCCACAAGUCACCCCCAUCAAGCUAAAGCCAUGCCAGGUUCCGUUUGCUCUCAAAGCUAAGGUGGACGAACAACUGGACAAGCCCAAGGAGUUUUGGAGCUGGUUGACCAUGCUGUGGGAAAUGGGAAACGCCCAUUGUCACACCUGUCAAGCCGGACGGGUCGGUGAGAAUCUGCACCGACUACAAGUGCACGAUCAACAAGGCACUUCAGCAGCACGCUUACCCGGUUCCUGUUGUCCAACACCUGCUGCAUUCCCUGGGUGAGGGUAAGGUCUUCGCUAAGCUGAACCUUGCCCAAGCCUAUCAACAACUGCCUGUUGACGAUGCCACCGCUGAAGCCCAGACGAUCACCACCCACCGAGGGGCAUUCUGUUGCCACCGUUUGCAGUUCGGGGUGAGUGUGGCUCCUGGCAUCUUCCAAAGCCUUAUAGAGCAUCUCCUGCAAGGGCUUCCGGGCAUGGUGCUGUAUUUUGACGACAUCUUGGUGUCCACAGAUUCACACCUGCAGCUGUUCGAGUGCCUCUGCGCCGUGCUGACCAGGUUCCAGGAGGCUGGGCUCAAAGUAAAGAGGGAGAAGUGCCAGAUCGCCGUUCCACAGGUGGAGUUCCUGGACUAUCUUAUCGACGCCUCUGGCCUUCACCCGACGACAUCCAAGAUCUGCGCUAUCCAGCAGGCCCCCAUUCCAAAGAACAAGACAGAGUUGCAGGCAUUCUAGGACUGCUGAACUUUUAUAACAUGUUCCUGCCCCACAAAGCGACGGUAGCCGAGCCUCUUCACCGACUCCUCAGCACGAAGAUACCUUGGUCCUGGGGUCAUUGGGAGAUGGCGGCCUUCAACGCGGUCAAGGCUCUCCUUUCAUUGGACAGUAUGCUGGUAAAGUGCAGUGAAGCCAGGCCGCUGGUCCUUGCCUGUGACACCUCACCUUUUGGCAUCGGCGCUGUCCUCAGUCACCGUUUUCCAGAUGGAAGAGAAGCACCACUUGCCUACUUUUCCAGGACGCUAUCUCCGACCGAACAGAAUUACAGUCAGCUCGACAAGGAGGCACUGGCACUUGUGGCUGGAGUGAAGAGGUUCCAUGAAUACCUCUAUGGCAGGACUUUCAAACUCAUCACCGACCACAAGCCUUCUCGCCGGUGAUCGACCAACUCCACUGAUCAACUCGCCGUGCAUGCUGCAAUGGACUGUUUUCCUGGCUGCCUACCACUACCAGCUCGUCCAUCACCCGGGGAAAUUGAUGGGCCGUGCUGACGCCCUCAGCCGUUGCACUCUUCCAGUGUUUGUGGAAGUCCCGGCUCUUGCUUCAUUCCUUGGUUCCAGCUGUUCGCAACCACACAACACAAACUCUUGGCACAUCGCGGCUGUCUGCUGUGGGGAGACCGCAUCGUGAUUCCCCAAAGACUCUGUCAAUGCAUCCUUGAGGUUCUGCACAUUGGCCACCCGGGAAUCAUCAAAAUGAAGGGUUGGCUCCGUGUUACGUCUGGUGGCCUAACAUGGAUGAUGCCAUCACUUCCUGGGUUUCCGCCUGUCAAGCAUGCCAAGAAUCGAGGCCUGCGCCACCGGCAGCUAAGGGACACACCUGGGAGAUGCCCAAGACACCCUGGUCAAGGGUGCACAUUGAUCUUGCCGGCCCCUUUCAUGGCCGGACCUUUAUGGUAGUGGUAGACGCCUAUUCCAAAUGGCUGGAGGUGGCCCUGAUGCCCUCCCCCACUACCGAGGCCAACAUCCGGGUGCUGCGAGGCCUCUUUUCAACGCAUGGGUGUCCUGAUGUCCUCGUCUCCAAUAACGGACCGCAGUUCACGUCAGGCACUUUUGAGCGGUACCUUUUGGCACUGGGUAUCCGCCAUGCCCUAACGGCACCAUUUUAUCCAUGCAGCAAAGGGCAAGCGGAGAGAAUGGUGCGCUCGGCAAAAGAGGCACUGGCAUGCCUGGACCGGGGAGACAGGCACGAGUGGGUCGCCAAAUACUUGUUCGUGCAACACAUCAACCCUCAUGCUGCCAUAGGGCGGAGUCCUGCCAAACUGCUUAUGGGCUGCCGCCUCAGGUCCCCGCUCAACCGGCUGCACCCGGACUUUGCCGUGGCUGAACCCCCAGGCUGUGCCAAUGUGCCACGGUCAUUUGUUCCAGGAAACCAGGUCUUUGCCCGGAACUUUGUGGGGGAUGUUCCUUGGGUGCCAGCCACAGUAGUGGGAGUCACUGGACCUCGCUCGUACCAGGUGGCACUCAAAAUUGGACGUUUGUGGUGCCUGCACAUAGACCAGCUUAGGCACAGGGUUGGGCACUUGGACUCUACCGCGGUGCCCGCAACUGUGCUCGUGGCUCCGAAACAGACACUUACAGAUGGCGGGGCUCCACCUGCCCCUCUCUCACAAACUGCAGGUGUGGAGCUGAACCAAGCUGCUUCAGAGUGUCUGCCAGACUUCCCACAGACUCAGACCACUGCCAUGCCUGACAUUCUACCAACUCCACUCACGGAGGUCCCACCCACAGCAGCAGAUCCAGGGGACUUGGUUUCAACACCACCUAGGGUCGCACCACAGCCUCAACAAGAAUCAGGCGCCCCCCCCCCCCGGACCUGGAUACCAGUCCCCGACUGUCUGGCAGAGUUUCCAAGCGUCCAACUUAUUUAA